AUGGCGGCGCCCUCGCCACGCGCUGGCACACGCGAUGAGAAUGGCCUUUACGAGCCCACACCUACAGACAUCCUCGUCGUGCGUGCGAUGCUUGUCAAAGCGAUGCGACUUCCUCCAGACAUUGUCGAUGCCGUGUUUGACUUUGCCGAGUACUGGGCUCAUUCAUCCAACUACAUUGACUACAUCGAGGAGCACAAAAGUCCACUCAGGAUCCUAGGGGGCAGCGCUUCGGAAACCCGUUUCUUGCUUCGUUCGUUCCCCGUUGGCUUCACAUCCCUUGAUGACCGGCAAAGCCUCGCGGACACCCUCACCUACGACAUGAACGAGGCCACUCCUCAACCCCUGAAUCGUGAACAUGAUCCGCAAUUCUUUGAAUCCCUUUUGAAUCACCCUACGCCCAAGCUUGCACGCCCAGUCCGCAAGGUUGUGUUCACUGUCAAGAUGAAGGACCAGGGCUGGGUCGGCGGCCGACAAAAUGAGAGAGGGGCCUUCAACGGGUCGUGGACAUGGAUCGAGGCUGGCCUCGAGCGGUUUGAAAGCGAGCAGGAAUGCGACGAGAACUGCGUCGCCGAUGCACGGUACAACUCGGCAAGCUCAACAGCGCAUGCGCUGCCACUCUGUGCCUUGCGGAGCAUCUAUCCCGAAGCCAAACCAACACGCGAGGAAGGCAAAUUCAACUACCAGCACGAACUCGCCGCAGAUCAGGAGAGGGAGAUUCAGCGGAACAGACUUGCCACAAGGGAGUGGCUCAACAAGACUAUCACCUGGCGCUGGACAGACAGCGUAGACCCUGAAUCUGAGUGUGGCGAACAGCUCUUCCAAGAGGGUCGUGGCAGAGGGAGUGCAACGGGCGAGUUCGUGCGAAACCUAAAGCUAGGCGAUGUCAUUACAAUUUGGGGCAAAGCCAGGUUUCGAGGAUGGGUUCUCAAUCUUGAGAAGGUCAAAGUCGACGUGUACUGGGCCGUUUGA